GUACGGCCCUGUGUUCUCGCUGCUCCUCGGCCCUCACCUCUCGGUGGUCUUGAACCGGCACCAGGAGGCCAGAGAGGUCCUGCUGCAGCGCGGGAAGGAGUUCGCCGGGAGACCCUUCAUGGUGACCACGGACCUGUUGACCCGGGGGGGGAAAGACAUCGCCUUCUCAGACUUCUCUCCUCUCUGGAAGAUGCACCGCCGCCUCGUCCACGACUCCUUCACUCUGUUCGGGGAGGGCAGCGGACGCCUGCAGGACAUCGUCCGGUCCUCGGUGGACGACCUGUGUUUGGAGCUGUUGUCAGGAGGGGGGCGGGGCUUCGACCCGUCGCCCGCGGUAACGAGAGCUGUCACUAACGUGGUGUGCACGCUGGUGUUCAGCUCAACGUAUUGUCACGGCGACGCCGAGCUGCAGGAAGUGAUGCGGUACAACGACGGCAUCGUGGAGACCAUCGCCGGGGGGGGGCUGCUCGACAUCUACCCCUGGAUCAAG